UCACCUCUUUAUAUGAAAUAUCAACAAUUAGAUGCGUAAAAAGUAAGGGUUUAAUCAUUUUACUGAUAAAACAUUAAUAAAAAUAAUUAAUGAAGCUUGUCUGGCUAUCAGUCGAAAUUUUACAAAUUCAUUUUUUUUUUGUUUGUAGUUCGUUUCACAUUUUUAUGUCUGGAUCGAUGAGAAUAAUAAGAAAUGCAGCAACAUGAUCCUCACACCAGCUGUAACAGCUCCUUGGUAGUGACCAGCUGUGGUGGGUGGAAGGUGCUGUCACAGCUCCUUGACAGUGACCAGCUGUGACGGGUGAAAAGUGCUGACACAUUUUGAUAGUGACCUGUGACGGGUGAAGUCAAGGUGACCAUCAACUCUGUGACACUUAUGUUGUAAUGAAAAGGUGCAAUGCAUAUCACAUAGGAGCACACACGUGUUCUGACCUAGGUGAAGUGUCAAAGAAUGAACAGUCUGAACACUGUCGUACGUGAAACUACAUGGCAAUUUAUUACAUAUGUGCAUCAGUAGUAUGGACGAAUUAUUAAGUGAAACCAUGGUGUGGACAAGACCAUACACCAGAGAACCGACACUGCAGCUAGAAGUCAGUGUACCGCCGUAAAGACAACAGAACACCUAAGAAAUGCGGGAAGUUGAACCACAAACACUGUGAAAUGUGAGAGAAGAUUUUGACUUGUGUGCUGCUAAGCAGUUUAUGUUUUAAGAAGUGACAUGAAGAUGCGGUCCAUGGAGGAGGGAUGAGGUGACAGUCACCAUGCACUAACAGUAGUAAUAGUGUCACCUUCUUCUGUGUGUCCCCUUCCAAGAGUCCCACUUAAGUGUCCCCCCCCACAAAAAGUUUCACACGAGUGCUCCUUACAAGUGUCUUGCCCAAGUGCCUCCUCCAAGUGUUUCUUCAGAGCUCUGCUCCUUCACGACAACAGCGACAUCUCAGUCUCCACCCAAAGUUGUUCUCGACUUCCUCAUCAGGACCUUAAGAACACACAUUUUAACUCCUUUAAGAAACCAGUAGUGUCAGCAGUGAGGGAGAAAGUCACACUGCAAACACGAGCGAUGGACGAGAAUGAAAAGAAGAGAUUGAGGGAGCUCAAGCUGAGGCAAGUGUACCGCUGGUACCCUUGGCUGGAGAAGUACCGUUUCUUCGUCCUCGACUGGCUGCUCCUCUGUAUCUUCGUUAUAGAUCAUGAUCCGGAUGACAUAGAAUUGAACGUGGUUCGCUACAAGCCAGAUGGCAUCGACGCUCUGGCCAGAACCACCAAGUUCACCAAGAAAGAACUCCAGCUUAUGUACAGAGGUUUCAAAGCGGAGUGUCCGCACGGCAUCGUUAGCGAAGACACCUUCAAAGGCAUCUACUCCCAGUUCUUCCCACAAGGAGACGCGACCGCCUACGCUCACUACGUCUUCAACACGUUUGAUACCGACCACCAAGGCUGUAUCAGCUUCGAGGAUUUUGUGACCAUCCUUUCGGAACUGUCGCGAGGGACGAUGACAGAGAAGCUACGUUGGGCCUUCAACCUCUACGACAUCAACGGUGACGGCUACAUCACCAAAGAGGAGAUGUUCGAUAUCGUUAGCGCCAUCUAUUCUCUGGUGGGGAGACACGCCAUCCCUGCUGUCCAGGAGAACACUACCCAGGAGCACGUCGACCGCAUCUUUGAGCUGGACAUCAAUGGUGACGGCAUGGUGACGCUGGACGAAUUUAUGGAAAUCUGUACAACGGACGAGAACAUCGCUAACUCGCUCACCAUCCUCGACACCAGUUUCUGACAUGAGGCCCCCACCUCCUCCAUCCUUGUGCCUGUCACCUCACAACAAGACCUUAACUGCAACAUGUAGAGGCGCGUCCCGGGGGCCCCCAAAACUGGGGCGGAGGGGCCAGCUAUGGCCCCUGGGGAAGGCCACGACGCUGAGGCCACACUAAGGGCCACGGGGCCAGCUGUGGCCCUUGGGGAAGGCCACCACGCUGAGGCUACACUGGGGGCCACGGGUGUCGCAGCCGUAGUCAGAAAUUCAGGAGAAGGAACUGACAUUCUUAAUGUGGAGGUUGAUAUGGAAGGUGUGGGUAGUGAUGGGAGGGACUGGGGUAGACCUACGGCUAGGAGGGUUCAUGGGAUGAGUGUGGAUAGAAUGGGACUGCUAGGAGGCGUAGAAAAGGUUGUAGUUACGGGACCAGAGGAGGAAGAAGAGUUCAUGCUGGACCUCACAAAGGAACCCACCUUCCUGGCCGAGACACUAAUAUGAAAAGUGAUUCCUAGAGGUGUCGAGUCGAUCUGCUUAACCCAGGGGUAAGCCACUGCCCUACUUAACCCAGGGUAACUAUUCUGCUUAACCCAGGGUAAGCCACUACCCUACUUAGCCCAAUGUAAGCCACUACCUUGCCUAGCCCAGGGUAAGUCACUACCCUCCCUACUACCUCAUACAUUACCCUCAUGUCUCUAGUUUGUUUACCUUUCCUCUCACACUACCAUCCCUACUCCCUAACUCUUCCUUCUCUGUUCCCUCAAGUAAGGUCUUCCCCAUUACCUCCUCUUCCUUCCACUCUCUUCUAUCUCAAAUACGAUUUUUCUUAUCUUCUUGACACUCGCUCCUCUCCCCUUUACACCCCUCCUAUCCCUCUUACACUCCAUUUAAUUCCUAUUUACUCAUUCCUAUCUCCUUUGCACUAUCAUUUAUUUCUCACGACACUCCCGUCGAUCCUUCCACACACGCCCUCUUCCCUAUCACCAUUCUCUUUCCCUUCCCUUCUACAUUCCUCCCUUCACAAUCCUUCUACUCUCCCUUCUCCAUAAGGCCAUCCAUCUAUCCACCCUAUCCUUCCACGAGAAAACGCGAUUUGAGUGUAUCCUAAUUGUGGUUGCCGGGGGAUGGGAGGGGUUCGAUUCACGGUUCCUGGCCCCCGAGCCAGUGUAUCUUAAACGUUUUUUAUAAACCAGGUGCGCUAAACCCGUUCGGGCUCAGCGCUUUUUUUUAUUACAUUAAUAAUGUACAGCAGAGGAAGGCCCAUUUGUUGUCAUAGUGAGGUAGAUAGCCAACCAAGCUGGCGCCAUAGUGACUCAGGUGCCUGAACAAGCUGGCGCCAUAGUGACUCAUGUGACUGAACAAGUUGACGCCAUAGAGACUCAGGUGACUGAACAAGCUGGCGCCAUAGUGACGUAGAUAACUACCCAAGCUGGCGCCGUAGUGACAUAGAGAACUACCCAAGCUGGCGCCAUAGUGACGUAGAUGACUGUCCAAGCUGGCGCCAUAGUAACGUAGAUAACUAUCCAAGCUGGCGCCAUAGUGACGUAGAUAACUAUCCAAGCUGGCGUCAUAGUGACGUAGAGAACUACCCAAGCUGGCGCCAUAGUAACAUAGAGAACUACCCAAGCUGGCGCCAUAGUGACGUAGAUGACUGUCCAAGCUGCCACCAUAGUGACGUAGAUGACUACCCAAACUGGCGCCAUAGUGACCCAGGUGACUACCCAAUCUGGCGCCAUAGUGACCCAGGUGACUACCCAAGCUGGCGCCAUAGUGACCCAGGUGACUACCCAAGCUGGCGCCAUAGUGACCCAGGUGACUACCCAAGCUGGCGCCAUAGUGACCCAGGUGACUACCCAAGCUGGCGCCACAGUGACCCAGGUGACUACCCAAGCUGGCGCCACAGUGACCCAGGUGACUACCCAAGCUGGCGCCAUAGUGACCCAGGUGACUACCCAAGCUGGCGCCACAGUGACCCAGGUGACCACCCAAGCUGGCGCCACAGUGACCCAGGUGGUUGUCUUACAGCUGUGGUAACUUCCUUUAAGUGCUUUUGUCAAAUAAAUAACCUAAUAUAUCUCAUUCAGAUAUCAAAUAAAUUUUGGGAGUAUUUUUGAAGAGAAUGAUGUGAUUUUGGGAUAUACAUACAUGCAGUAUACGUAUGUAUAAGUUCAUAUACGUUUGUUUUUAAGUAUGUAUAAGUGAUGUGAAGUGGUAAGCCUCCACUCUCUCCUACACUCUCUGUAUAGUCUCUUGUGUUCUUGACUUGUGACGCUGCUAUCUUAAGAGGCGCCUGAGUUCCCCUAUCUCCUAAUAUCAGGGUCGUUUUUCCCCUAAAAUCUACAUUCUCCAUAAUUACUAUCGCAUUUCCAUUGUUUUCGUAAGGUGAAGUCCAGGAUCUUUCCUUAAUUCAUGGAAUGACUUAACAAAUCUUUGAGGAUAAUUGUGUUACAGAGGUCUGAGCUCAACAACACAAUUGUCCUCAAAGAUUUGUUAAGUUAUACAUGAAUUAAGGAAAGAUCCUGGACUUCACCUUACGAAAUAGACAAAGCAAAGUGAUAGUAAUUAUGGAGAAUGUAGAUUUUAGGGGGGAAAACAUGUUAUUAGAAAACAGGGGAACUGACGUACGUGCCCCUUAAACUGUUGAUGUUUUCGUGAAAGUUCAGAAAAACAUGUGAGCAAUCACUAGGUUAUAUUUGUUAGAAGACGUUUCGGUCCUGGGACCUUGAUCAUUUCUAAUAUACGGAGGUUAAAAAGGUGGAGAGUGAUGUGUGAGUGACACAUGGUGACCCGAAGAAUGAUAUAUUGGGAUGGGGACAGGUAGACAGUGUGACUCCUGUGUUGUUAAAUAGGUGGUGCCUUGCUAUGUGUCACUAACACCUCUGCUUAAAUAUACAUAACCUAGUGUUUCCUCAUGUGCCUUUCUAAGCCAAUUUGUCGGUAACUAUUACCAAGGUUUAUACAUGAAAGUUAGUUGAUCUUCUUUGGUUUAUUAGCCUGGGAAGGUUAAACAAUAUCAGGGUGGCCCAAGAAAGUCGGACUGUGUGGGUCGUUUCUGUUGGGUUGGCGGAGCUUUCCUUUGUCGGGAAACAAGACAAGUUGUUUUCUGACACCGAUCUCUGUCACGUCACGACUUGUAGAGUGAAGUAUCCGCUGAUCUACCACACCUGAGUUUUAUUUCCCGUUUAAUGAACAGAGGAUCACUACCCAGCAGUGAUCCUCUGUUGUAGAGGAUCACUACCCAGCCGCGAUCCUCUGUUGUAGAGGAUCACUACCCAGCAGUGAAUCCUAAGAUCUUUGUUUUCUUUUCUUUUUUUUGGGGGGGGGGGGGUUCAAUCCUCUUCCCCAGGAAGCGGUUCACAGGAACCCACAAACACUUACCUGCUGUUAGGUGAAUUAGGGACAGCAGGUGUAAGGAGACUGGAGCAUACGUCUCGGCUAACCCUGAGGUCGAACCUGGCUUCAUUUUGUGAGCUGAAUAAUCUCCCACUGAGCUUUGGUACUUUGCUUGCUGGCUGACUGUCAGCUGUGCUAGGUACAGCUCCCGGCCCGGGCUGACAAGAGUAUUAUUAUUAAGUGAUCCUCACCAAGGCUUCAGUGAGGCCGCUGUUUUCAGUUCAGUGAGUAAUUUUUUAUACAAGUUAGUGAUUGUAGCCCCCUCAGUGAGUGUGACUGUAGCCGCCCCUCAAUGAUUGUAGCUUCCCUUCAGUAUGAUUGUAGCCCUUUCAGUGAAUGUGACUGUAAUCCUUCAACGAGCGUAACUGCAGCCUGUCAGUGAGUGAUGAUUGUUGCCUCUUCAAGGAGUGUUGAGUUAUCCUCGCCGUGGUUUCAGUGAGACUGGUAUCUUGUGAGCACUAUGAUGGUUGGUGGAAGUUCGUGACGCCACACUGCCUUCACUGACGUCGUCCGGCAGUUGUUUAUUAUAAGAAUAUCCAUGGCAUCAACUUGGGCAUCAGCUGCAAACUUAAUGCUGGAGAGGCAUCGUGCCCUCCUGCUCUCUCUCCAGGCAAGAAAGUGAGUGCUUCAAGGUAGUGUGUGUGUGUGUGUGUGUAGAUAGUAUAUGAUUCAAGUACGGGUCAUUUUGUUUGCCAAUUACGUAUAGUUAUACAUGUUAGCGAGUGUAUUUUGUGGGCGAGUUAAUAGUGCAUCCUGUGUAUGUUGCUAGGUUAACAAGUGUAUCUUACUGUGCGUUGACAUGAUCAUGAGGGUAUCUUAGUGUUUGUGUGUGAGUCUGUCUUCGUUAGUGUAGAGUAACAAGCGUAUUUUUGAUGUGGGUUAAUAAAGUGAGGGUAUUCAGGAGUGGGAUGAUAAAGUAGGAUAUUCUGGAGUGGGUUGUAACUGGGGUAUUCAGGAGUGGGAUGAUGAACUAGAGUAUUCUGGAGUAGGUUGUAACUGGGGUAUUCUGGAGUGGGAUGAUAAACGGGUAUUGUGGAAUACGUUGAUAAACUAGGGUAUCUCAGAAUGGAUUAACAAGUUGGGGCAUUUAAUGUGAGUCUAUAAACCAAGGUAUCUUCCUGUGGGAGGACAAACUAGGGUAUAUAGUCGUGAGCGUGGAUGACCAGGAAUAUCUCACUAGCAUGAGUGUGAGAAGCGAUCUCUUGGUCUAUACAGACGAAACCAUGUGAUAUACAAUGGCAACCGACGCAUGAUCCUCCUGUUCUCUCCCGGUCAAUGCUUGCUAUCUGAGGGGUCAGUCAAUGGGCAUUUCCGUACGCAUCAGCCAGGCAGAUUUCGUCUCAAGCGGAACCAUGUCCAAGCCUCGCUGUUCACUUAAUCUUUCACGACUCUUAACACGUGAACUGUGGCCGAUUUUCAUUCCAAUUACGAAAACAAUGAACACGUCCAAAAACAAAACAUAGGAAGAGUAAUGUAUUUUAAUAUGUAUUUGCUAGAUGUGUGUGUUUAGCAUACGUUGCUAUAAAGUGGAUUCUAAGUCCCAUAGCUAUUUUAAUGGCUGUAGCUGUUGUUGUUGUUCUUGUUGUUGUUGAUCUCGUCCCUCGACAUAAAGACUGGGAAAUAUUACUCUGUAGUUACUGUGUACCUAAAUUUACCCCGUCAGCCUAGCUGCCUGACAGUCCAAGCAGUGUACUAGUCAUGUCCCCCCAUUAAAACAAGGUGACCAUAUGGGUUUCAUCAAAAACCGAUAUUAAAAAUGUUCUUCUUUAGAUUGUAGUAUAUGGUCCUUAUUUUGUGUUGUGUGGGGAGUGUGUGACAGAAUUUGUAACUGAGUUGUGUGAGUGACUGUAGUAAUGUGCGUGUGUGUGUGUGUGUGUGUGAGUGUUCUCUUGUGGAUACAUAUAUGUGUGUGUUUUGUACAGGAGAAGUAAUGUAUUAUGACCAAUGAUAUUAUGUCAUAUGUAUUACGUAUGACCAGUGAUAUACACCAUAUGUAUUAUGACCAAUGAUAUUACGCCAUGUGUAUUAUGUAUGAUCAGUGACAUCUCGUCACCUAUUAUGUAAGACCAAUGACAUCGUGUCGUAUGUAUUAUGUAUGACCAGUUACAUAUGACACAUGCAUUAUCUAUGACCAGUGACAAUAUACCACAUGUAUUGUAAUGUUAAGUAACAUUAUGCCAUAUUAAAGUGAAGAAAAUCU